AUGGCUUUACUAGGCUCAACCCCCUUGAACGUCGAAUUCUACCCGUCGCCGGUCUGCGGUCAUUGCAAGAAACUUGAAUCGCAGCUCCCGACCGACACAAAGCUCAAACGUUGUGUCGGGUGUUCAAUUGCCCUGUACUGCAGCAAGGACUGCCAAAAGGCUGCGUGGCCCGCUCACAAGAAGCUGUGUCGCCCCUCAGACCAAACCCGGCUUGAAGACCAACUUGCGGGUUACUCUGCCCCAAUCAGCCUGGCCCAGAGCUUCAACGAAUGGGUCGAAAACAUUCACGGAUAUGGCAUCAUGACCCUCAUGAGCGCCGCCGUCCAGCUUCGCGGCCGAAUAGACGCCAGCUUCGCCUCUCCGUCCAUCGUAGUCUUCAAGUUGACACGUGUAAACCAACCCGCAAACCCUGCCUGCGCAUUUCGGCUCAACGAAGAAGUGCCCCUGGUCCUGAAGGGAGACGAUGUCCGCAUUGUGGCCGAAAACAGUUGGAAGGACCUGGACGAAGCGUGCCAACGGGAUGCCGAGAGGAUCCGCGCAAACAACCCGCACCCGUGCUACGUCGGCUCUCUCUCGGCGAUGGUCUGGGUAGAAGGGACGGAGAUCGCGGCAUACCACCCGUACCCCAUAUACGGCCUCCGCACCCACGGCACGGGCCCUAUCAGUCCCCUCACCAGCAUGGUGUUCGAGCAGAUUGUGACCAUGUGUAUUGGGACCAUGAAUGCCAGCUUCGUCUUACGCGGACCCUCGGGCCCCUGCAGAGUGCGCGAGCUCCUGCCUGACGUCGGUGUCCUCGUCAAAGGGAAAAAGAAGUGGGAAUGGAAGAAGCAGGAGGGCUGGGCAUGGAACCGCGCCGUAGGUUUGCGGUCCGGCAUGAAGCCGGAAAUGCUCUGGCAGAUGUUUUACGUGCUAUGA